AUGUUCAAUGGGAAGAAAAAUGCAGCAGAGGCAGUGUGUCCUUCUGUCGUUGUCACAUUAUACUUUGAUAACCAUCCAUCUUUGCCUGCACACUUUGCCUCCCUAACAGAGUGCAUGCCACCAAGAAGCACUUCCACUUCCCUCUCUGUAAUGGAUGCAAAAACUGCUGAAGUUGCUUCAGAGCCUUUGAAGUAUAAGACUUGGUUCUUGAAAAUUUAUAUCCACUGUGAAGGUUGCAGGAGGAAAGUAAAGAAAGUUCUAAAGAACAUUGACGGUGUUUUCACUACAACAAUAGACCCACAACAGCAUAAAGUAACAGUCACCAGAAGUGUUGGUGUUGAGACCCUUCUCAGGAAACUAGUCAGAGCCGGGAAACACGCCGAGAUUUGGCCGGAAAAUGUCGACGGGAAGGGGAAAAGCUCAAAGAAGAAGAGGAACGGACAAAGAGACCCUGAAAGCUUGGAAAACAAGGGAACUGAGAAUGUUGGCAAUUGUAAAGGAGAAAGCAAGAGCAGCAAGUCAAAAACCGGCGACAACAACCCGCCGAAAAAGUCUCAGGCCGGCAACCAGGUUCCACCGGAGGACCGCAAGGGUUGUCAGAGCGAAGGUGGUGUAGAGGGUACCGGUAAGAAGAAGAAAAAGAAAGCUCAGGGUGGUGGCAAUGGAAGCAAUGGUUUGAGUUCAGAAUCCACCAGUGCACUUGCCCACACUGGAUUCCAGUUCCAGAAUCUUGGUCAGGUUGUGGGCCAGCAAAUGGGCCAAAUGAAUCUCAACCCUACACGUCAGCAAUCAUACUCUUACUUAGAAACUGGUUAUCCUCCAAUGGUUUAUGUUGCAACUAUGGGAAGAAACGUGGGUCCUUCUUACUAUGUUCCUCCACCUUCACCUUGCAUGUGUGCAGGCCUAGACCAAGAUAGUUAUCAAUUUCAAUCAACACCGUUGGUUUCCUUUGAGAUCUUUAGUGAUGAAAAUGCUAAUGGGUGUUCCAUAAUGUGA